AACUUAUCCACAGUCACAAGACUUUCCGAGCUGGAGUCGAACACUGAGGAAUGGGAAGGUGGGAUCCUAACUUGGUGUGUGUCAGCCUGGGACACACAGGCCGCAGUCUCAGAGACCCGGGUGGCAAAGGCUCGGGCCUGGGAGACCCAUGCUUUGGAGGCUCAGGUAAGAGGUGGCCCACAACCUAAGCCCAGUGCCACAAAAGAAGCAACUGUGACAACCUCAGAGGAGACAAGAUAUAUGAGCAGGGAAGAGAGUGACGUCUUCCUUCCCCGUCAGCUCUGGUCCAGCAAGCUUAAGUUCAUCCUGGCCAUGGUGAGCUACCUGCUGAUGCCGAUUCAGCUCUGGCGCUUUGUCUCACAGUGGCUUCACAAAGGAGGCUGCAGCUUUCUUAUAAUGUACACCUUAAUGUUGUUCUGGAUUGGAAUUCCUCUGCUCUUCCUGGAGAUGGCCGUUGGCCAGAGGGUACAGCGUGCCAGCAUUGACCUGUGGAAGGCCCUGGGUCCCUGAUUUGGUGGACUGGGAUACAGCUCUUUCUUGGUGUGCUUCAUCAUCAACACCUACACGAAUCUGUUUAAUUCCUGGAUCCUCUUCUACAUGAGCCACAUAUUCUACUUCACUGUUCCAUGGCAGCACUGUCCCGUUCAAAGGAACUCCAGUAGCUUUGAUCCCGAAUGUGAGCAGGCAACAUCCUACACGUACUUUUGGUACCGGCAGACCCUGAAAGCCUCAGACAGGAUAGAGGACGGAGGGCCUCUAGCUUUCAACCUGGGCAUAUGCCUCUUUCUGGCUUGGUGUCUCGUUUGUGUUUUCAUAAUGAAUGGGAUCAAGUCCUUUGAGAAGGUUCUGAACGUCCUGGUGAUACUUCCCUAUCUCAUCAUCUUCUGCUUCUUCUUCCGGACUCUGCCCAUGGAGGGAACAGUAUAUGGGCUGAAACACCUGCUGGUUCUCAAGGUGGCAAGCAUUUACGACACAAACAUGUGGUCCCAAGCAGGGGUCCAGGUCAUGUUAGACAUGGGCCUAGGCUUUGGGCCCAUCGUCUACUUGUCCUCAUACAUGCCUGACUUCAACAACUGUCUGGGGGACGCCUUCCUUAUGGUCCUGAUCAAGAUGAUCACCUUGCUGUUCUUCAUGCCUUUCAUCCUCUCGAUCCUGGGCUUCUGGGCCACCAUAACCACACAUCGCUGCUGUGAGAAGAACGCAGAGAAACUUAAGAUGCUGGUAGCCCAGGGGAUCCUACCUCCUGAGGUGCGGCCCCCUACCCUGACGAAAAACCCAACCUCCACCUACAAUUCCUGGCUCGACCGCCUCCUGCCACCCUUGAGGAGCUCCGUCCUCAGUAAGGUGCCUGAAUGCAACAUCCAGGAGCAUUUUCUGAAGAUUGAGGAGAGCCCCCGCUUCGUGUUCCUGACCUUCACGGAGGUCAUCUCUCUGCUCCCUGGGUCGUUCUUCUGGACUGUGCUCUUUUUCCUGCUGCUGCUGAGUCUGAGUUUGUGUGCCAUGGUGACGUUCAUGCUGGGCAUCAUCACCCCGCUCCAGGACACCUUCCCCUUCUUCAGGAGACAGCCAAGGAUUCUUACAGUGGGUGCUUCCGUGCUGAUGUUCCUGUGCGGCCUCUUCUUCAUCCAACCUUCAGGCAUCUACUACUAUUGGCUGCUGAGUGAAUACUGGAUCGUCCUGCCCAUCCUCAGUAUUGCCUUGUGUGAAAACCUUGCUGUAGCCUGGGCCUACAGGGCCAAGAGGUUCCUUGCAGACAUGAUGGCGCUACUAAGCCUCCCCAUCUGCCCUAUCUGUGGCUGGGCAUGGUGCUAUGUGUCCCCAGUGGUGCUGCUAGGCCUGCUAAUAGCUGUCUUCAUUCAGCUGGGCAUGAGGCCCCUCACCUACACGGCCUGGAACUCCAGCACUUCAAAAGAGACAGUUCAACAAUACCCAAUGUGGGCCUUGAUUCUGACAGUCGGGCUGUAUGUCAUCGUCCUCAUUCCCAUUCCUGCCUACAUUGCAUACUGCCUCACCCUGGGGAUUCCCUUCAGGCCUACAGCAUCCCCUAAGCUCUCCAGCGGAAGUGGCCAGCCACUGACUAAGAAAAAGGCCUCAGAGGAUAUUUCACAGGGCUACAAAACAAAGUCCUCAUCAGCCUGAUGGCGGAGCCCCUAACUUCCCUCAUUGGACCAGACAUCCUGCAUCUCUCACUGUAGACUGAAGGAGAUGCCCGGGGAGGGGAGGAGCCACAGAUCCCUAAUGGCUGUGCAGCCCCUUCCUGGCUGGACUCUUCCAUUCCUGCAUAGCACUUCUCCAGCCCUCGCUCACUCAGUGUGUGUGCACGUUCACUGAGCUCCAGGUGUAGCCUGCCAACCCUGCUCCUGGUCCUGGGUCUCCUGCGGGGGCGAGAGAAGCCCAAUGUUGAUGGCCAAUAAAUCAGACUGUGGCUCCACACUGAGUGUGAGGGGUUUUCCUGUAAAGGUCUCAAGUAGUUGGCCUUUUCCACAAUGCUGCCAUUGUUUUCUAGAGCUACAUUUUACAUAUCUAGCCCUGAGUUCCCGUGCUCUCCCUGCCCCAUGAAUUCGGAUGCUAGAUUAGCUCCCAAGCCUUGUCUAGAACCUGCUCCUCAGUCAAGAUGUUCUCAAAAUGGCCUCAGCAAAAUGGGAAGGAUAGCAUCAUCCUUGCUGCUAAGAAUAGUAACCCCAUCACAGGCCACAGAGUCUUAAAAUUCAUCCGGUGGGCCAGGCGGUGGUGGCGCACACCUUUAAUCCCAGUACUUGGGAGGCAGAGGCAGGUGGAUCUCUGUAAAUUUGAGGACAGCCUGGUCUACAAAGUGCUUUCCAGGACAGCCAGGACUGUUUCACAGAGAAACCCUGUCUUGAGAAACAAAACAAUCAUCUGGUAUAUAUGUAGUGGUGUGUGUGUCUAUAUGUGUGUGUGCACACACACACUACAGCAUGCAUGUGGAGGUCAGAGAACAACUAGCAGGAUUUGUUUCUUUCUUUCAACAUGUGGUCCCAGUAAUAAUUCAGGUCAUCAGGUGUAGGCUGAGCCAUUGUACCAAACUCUAAAAGUCCUUUUUG